CUCAAGGGGAUUGCGUCCACCUCUCUUCUCGCGUGGACUUCCCGUCGACAUCUGUUUGUCGAAAUCUGUUUGAAGUGCCCGAAAGGGCGCGAACAGCUAUCAUAUUCGAGCAUGCCAGCUGGACCACCCGCAGAAAGAGGCGAGCUGCCCGACUGGCUUCAGAACGAGGCGAAGCUCAGCGAGUACCUGCGGGGCCGCGGCGUGAGCACCGAGCGGCUGGGCACCGGCGCCGCGAAGUGCUGCGCUGACCUGCUGCACGAGCUGCGCGCGGGCGCCUGCCACCUGGAGGCAAGGGAGGCGGAUGGCGCGGCGCAGGUGCUGCGGAUCGUGGAGCCGGUCUUCAUCCGCCUGCGCUGGGGGGCGCGGGUGCUGGUCCAGGAGGCGCAACUGAGACCAGACGGGCGCACAGCCAAGCGCAAGAUGUUAUUGGCGGAGAAGAAAGAGCCUCGUGACGGCGGCGGUCUUUUUGCCACCAUCGUCCGCGGCAUCAACGAGGAGCUAGGCGUCCCGCAGGAUAUUCUGCAGCAGGAGGGCGUGCUGCACUACCGGCAGGACACCUACCACUUCGAGGUUGAGCAGAUCGACUCGCCGUCGUACCCCGGCCUGAUGUCCAUGUACAGGACCCACCACGUCCAGGUGGACAUCCAGGAGGCGGGGCUGCAGCACUUUGCUGGCCUCGGGCUGCCGGACGGCACCGACUUCGCCACCACCGAGACGACCGCCGUGGGCACCACCACCCACUUCUGGAAGUGGUACGACAUCGCGGAGGCCCUCGCGUGCCACGUCGUCAAGUUCCCUCCGCCGCUGAUGUCCUCGAGCGUGCUCCUGGCGCCGCCGGCCGAUGGCGCCGCCGCCGCGGCCUGCCAGGGCGGCGCGGCCGUGGCCCUGACGGCCGAGGCGCUGCCGGACGAGGAGGCCCUCGCGGAGCGCCUCGCGCGCGCCGGCAUCGACGUCGAGAAGUACGGCGUCGGGAAGGCGAAGAGCGUGGCGCAGCUGCUCAAGGAGCUGCGUGGUGGCGAGUCGGUGCUCGAGUGGUCGGAGGACACCAGGCAGCUCCGGCGCGUCGUGGAGCCCGUCUUCCUGCAGGUCCGCUGGCGGAACUCGGUGCUCGUGGAGGUGGAGCAGAAGUUCGCCGACGGGCGCACGCGCAAUCGGAACAUGCUGCUGGCGGAGAAGAAGUCGCCCAAGGACGCCGACGUCCGCGCGACGGCCUUCCGAGGCAUACGCGAGGAGCUCGACCUGCCAGACGACUUCCCACAGCUCGACACUGUCUGCCGAUUCAUGCAAGAGGCGUAUUGCUGCGUGGCGGAGAACAUGGAGUCGGCCUCGUACCCAGGGCUGCCGUGCGUGUACGUGACGCACUAUUGCGGCGUGCAGAUCUGCGAGACUGCGCUGCAGCUGUUCGAGGAGCAGGGCUGCCUGGCAGACACAUUUACGACCACCGAGGCGGACAAGACGAACGUGUGGAGGUGGAUGCCCGUGGACGAGGCGAGGGGGAACAAGGUGAAGGGCUUCCCUGCCACGAAGCACGAAGAUGCCGACACGGUCAGCUACAAGGCCCUCGAUCGCCGCCCCUGGACCGAGGGCCUGCGGGUGCUGCUCGAGAUGGGCGCUGUGAACGUCAGCGCCUGGGGCGAGUUCACGAUGGCCUCGCUGAAGUCCCUCGCGCGCGAGCUCAAGACUGGCAACGCCCACCUCGAGAGGGAUGGGCGCACGGGCCGCCUGCGCCGCGUCAUGAAGUCGAGUGUGCUCCACUUGAUGGUAGAUGAGCCCUCCGGAUCGCUGAGUCCAGGCCUGAGGCCAGUCGACUGCGCCCCCGCGUUCAGCCUCGAGGACGCGCGGGAGAUGGUGCACUACCGACCCGACCUCACCUGCUUCGAGGUCGUGUACCCAGACACGGCGUCGUACCCAGGGCUGCCAUGCUGCCAGCAGACGAACCUGGUGCAGUUCGAGGGCAGCUUGGCGGGGAAGGUAGGCCGCACGGCCAGGACAGCGUGCGUGGGGCGCGACCUGGACGACGGCCAGGGCCUCCCCGCCACUGCGCCUGAGAAGCCCAUCGACGGCGCUGGCAGCGACCAGCUGAGGGCUGGUCCGCGCCUAAUGGACGAGGCGGUGGCUGCGGGUCGGUUGCGCGAGGGCAGCUGCGAGGGAGUCAAGUCCGUCUCGAGCAUCUCGAGCGCGGACACCGGGUCCGCCUCCAGGGGCCUCCGGAGCGUGGACGAUGGCCAUCCGAUGAGCCCUCAGAAGGGCAGCGUCGCCCUGCCGCUGUCCCCUCAGCGGCGCAGCCGCGGCCCUGAGGACGGGGUGCCGCGCCGCACCCUCUGGGGCCAGGUCCGGAGUCUCCAGCAGAACCUGCGCUUCAAGAUGGUGGCCAAGGAGUCGCAGGGCGCUCCCGCUACGCCGGCUGAACAGGCGGUUUCGUGCGCGUGCGACAUGAUUCUCAUCCGCAACAUCAACCCGCUGAACGCGACCUUUCAGUGCCGCUUCACCAUCUACCUCGAGUGGCUCGACAAGGCGGCGGUGGGGCUGCCAGUCGGCGAAGUGCCCGAGGACCGGAAGAAGCAGAUCAGCGUGCCAGAGAUCGCUCUGCAGGCCGGCGGCGGCGCGGCGGCCUCCGGCGCCGCGCGCGCGGCGGCGCGCGACGCAGUUCCUGUAGCCGCGGCGCGCGCGGCGGCCGCCAGCGCGCCGCCGGCGCCGCCAGCGCGAGCGUCGGUGGCGUUUCACACUGCGGAGCGCCUGUGGGCGGCCGCGCCUUGCGUGACAGCGAACUUUACAGCCACGAUGUUCAGUCCGUACGCAGGUGCGGGAUCCCCCGUGGAGCGUGACGAAAACGCCUUGGCGGAGGCAGCCAGGGCGAUGGCGUGGCGCGCCGAGGAACGGAGUUCCGGCAACGUCGCCACCCAGUACGAUGCGGAGCUGGCCGCGCAGCUGACUGGCGGGCUCUCGAUCACGAACAGUCGCCCCGCGACCCGCGGAGCGGGCGGUGGCCGGCCCGCGGGGCCUCGGCGCCUUCCCGAGCGGCGGCCGCCCUGCCUCCGCCCCGGCGGGCUCCUGCCGCUGGGCGAGGGCGCGGCGCCCCUGUGGGCUCGGCUGCGGGGCUCCGCGGCCGCCGAGCCCCCGAGCCCGGAUGGACUUGGAGCCAUCCUGACGGUGCAGGCUGUGGCAUGGCGACUUCGGCGUUCACAGCGCAGCCUCUCGGCCAGCCUCAAGGACAUGAGCAACGCUUCCGCUGCGGGCGAGAUUGAGGAGCUUGGCUUCACAUCUGGCACGUGCGUGCAGCGCUGCGGGGGCCCGGGUGGCACGUGGGGCGGGGGCGGCGCCGGCUGGUUUCUGUUCGACAUGUCGUUUCUGGUCCCUGAGCUUCCCGCGGAGGUUGUCGCCACGAAGUGCAACCCGAUGGAGCUCGCCGCGGCGAUCCAGUGCUUCCGCUGGCCCCGCCCCCCCGCGAUGGCCGUGCAGAGGGUGUCCUUCUUGGACUUCCCGUGGGUCCUGGACUACAUUCUGGCCACUCGCUUCAACUGCUCCUUGAAGCAGAUCAGACACGCCGUCUGCAGCAUCGUCCUAACCCUCAGGACGAUAUUGUCUGCAGCGGUGGAGCUCGGCAUCCUCGUGUCGCAGGACGCGGACGCCAUGGACGGGGCGAUAUCCGCCAAGCCGUUCAUCGACAACAUGAUCCACGUCAUCACGGAGUGCCUGCAGAACUUCCCGCUGUGCCUGGACUCCGAGUUUUUCCACUCCUUCCUGGAGCCCCUGCCGAGCCACCUCCGGUUCUUGUGCGGAAACUUCCACCCGCUCACGCACAUGCAGUUCGAGCACGCGGCCAAGCAGAAGGCCUUCGAGGCCCAGACGAAGGCCAUCACCCAGGCCUUGUCCGAGCUGCCGUCCCAGUGCUCGAGCCUGGAGCUGUAUAUGAGCUCCCAGGAGGGCUUCUGGCGCCAAGUCGGGCUUCAGCGUCAUCCAUGA